AUGCUGGGAAACACGUCUGCAGCCGUUCUGAAAACUCUUGUUUGCACUCAUCCGUCUCCAGUUAUCAUGACCGGUGUUUCUCUGCCCCGCUGCUCUGGAUCUGGACCUGUGAUGUCGUCUGCUCCUCUGUUCCCUAAGGGCGUGGGGUCUGUGCUGUGGAGUCCAGCGCUGAGCUCCAGGUCUCAGCCGGGAAUCCUGCGGCGGGCUGUGUUUUCUGAGGAACAGAGACGAGAGCUGGAGAGAACCUUCCGCAAGCAGAAAUACAUCAGCAAGACCGAGCGCAACCGACUGGCCACCGACCUCUGUCUGAAAGAGACGCAGGUGAAGAUCUGGUUCCAGAACCGCAGGAUGAAGUGGAGGAACUCCAGAGAGAAGGAGAGCACAUACACACGACCGCUGAUGGCUCCAGAGCAUCAGUCGCUCCAAUCUGAACCGGCGGACAAAACACACACGCCAGCGCAGACCAAACACACUCACACUCACUCACCGGUGCACAGCACAAACGCUGAGACCAGAUGACAAAUCAGAGGAGAGAACAGACUCUUGAUGCGAAACAGCUGGAAAAGAUUUCUACGCAAAAACUGCAAAUAUCUAGGAAUUUUACAGUUGUGAUUUA